AGUCUUUUGAGAUACGGGCAAUUGUAUCUCUGAGAGACAAAAUGAUGCCUGAAAAAAGAGUGCAGGGAGCCUGACAAGUCAAAGAAUCUUUUAGCACAAGGUUCACUUUGAAUCGCAUGUAUGACAGUGAGGUGAAGCUGGUGGUUAUAGCAGUGGAUGUAGGGGAUAUGCCUGCCCAACCUUUGUUGUAAUAAAGCCUGAACACCACCUCGCACCCCACUCAUCACUGAUGCUCCAUCAUAACACUGGCUCAUUAUAUUAUCAGCACUGUAUCCUGAUUCAGACAAGUGUUGUAAUAUUUCAGUAGUGAUGUAAUCUGCAUCAAGCUGCUGGAGUUCUAACAAGCUAAUCAGAUGUUCCUCUGGCACACCAUUGCCCACAAAACGAAUUAUAACGGACAAAUUUUCAGUGUUACACCGAUCCCUUGUGCCAUCACUUUUCAAACAGAAUGCAGCUGAAUCAGCAGUAUCAUAUUUCUGUUUUAUUUUUUUCAGAACCAUGCCAAAAUUUCAAUCACUUCAUUCUGGAUGGUUUUGGAAGUGUACUUUGCAUUUUGUGGGAUACCUGAUGUAAUGUCAGCCAGGUAUUUAUCUUUUUCCAACGUGUAUUUAAACAACUUGGCAAAAAGCCCCGCGGCUAUGCAAUCUUCCUCACUGUCACAUGUUUCACAAUCCCCGCGUAGUGGAAGUUCAUUGACUGCUAAAAACUUCACAACACCUGCCAUGCUUUUUAUGUAAUAGCGAUUCUUUUCUAUCUGUUGGGGGCCGAGCAAACAUGCUACGGUCUCCCCUGACACCGAUCGGCGGCAAAACUCUGUCCAUGAGGUCGAGGCUUGUAAAUGAGCUUGGCUGCACGCAUGUUUUUGAAGACCACGGUCACGUUCUAAUGCUGCUUUCCAGUUUCGAAAACCUGUCGAAACGAACGUGUCAUUUUCAGAGAAAGCAACACCGAACACUCGACACGGAAAACAAAAGCAUGCAUCGCGAUCUACAGAAUAUUCAAGCCACGGCCGUGACUGAUACCAACCGGCCGAAAAACAUCUCUCUCUCCCUCCAAAAAGAGUUCGGGGGGUAUGAUUUCAGAACCGGCUGGUAAGGAUUCGCCCUGUUUAAAUCAUUUGGGACAGAAUUGCUGCAUUUUUGAGUGGGUGUAUUUGUGCUUUUGACACCAAAGCUGCUGAUGAACUCGACUCAUCCAUUUCUCCGACCUCAUUGCCGCAAAUGGAUGAGGAGGUGGUAGCUGUGUCCUGGUCUUAAAUCAAGUCUCACAUCAAGGAGGAAGAGAAGGAGCAAACUAUGUAAAAUGAGUGUGUGUGAGGAGGAGAACCGGACCUGAAAAAUGAGUGAGGAGCGAAAGGAGGAGGCGUCUCUUCACACUCAGAGAGCACCAUCUCCAGUAUCCAGCUGUGUGACUAUAAAGAGUAACAACUCCAUGUUUCAUCUGCCCCCUGAUCUCCGUGAUGGACCAUCACCAGUAUCCAGCUGUGUGUCCAUGAAGAGUAACAACUCCAUGUUUCGUCUGCCCCCUGAUCUCCGUGAUGGACCAUCACCAGUAUCCAGCUGUGUGUCCAUGAAGAGUAACAACUCCAUGUUUCAUCUGCCCCCUGAUCUCCGUGAUGGACCAUCACCAGUAUCCAGCUGUGUGUCCAUGAAGAGUAACAACUCCAUGUUUCGUCUGCCCCCUGAUCUCCGUGAUGGACCAUCACCAGUAUCCAGCUGUGUGUCCAUGAAGAGUAACAACUCCAUGUUUCGUCUGCCCCCUGAUCUCCGUGAUGGACCAUCACCAGUAUCCAGCUGUGUGUCCAUGAAGAGUAACAACUCCAUGUUUCGUCUGCCCCCUGAUCUCCGUGAUGGACCAUCACCAGUAUCCAGCUGUGUGUCCAUGAAGAGUAACAACUCCAUGUUUCGUCUGCCCCCUGAUCUCCAUGAUGGACCAUCUUCAGGAUUCAGUUGUAUGUCUAUAAAGAGUAACAACUCCAUGUUUCAUCUGCCCCCUGAUCUCCGUGAUGGACCAUCACCAGUAUCCAGCUGUGUGUCCAUGAAGAGUAACAACUCCAUGUUUCAUCUGCCCCCUGAUCUCCGUGAUGGACCAUCACCAGUAUCCAGCUGUGUGUCCAUGAAGAGUAACAACUCCAUGUUUCGUCUGCCCCCUGAUCUCUGUGAUGGACCAUCUUCAGGAUUCAGUUGUGUGUCUAUAAAGAGUAACAACUCCAUGUUUCAUCUGCCCCCUGAUCUCCGUGAUGGACCAUCACCAGUAUCCAGCUGUGUGUCCAUGAAGAGUAACAACUCCAUGUUUCGUCUGCCCCCUGAUCUCCGUGAUGGACCAUCACCAGUAUCCAGCUGUGUGUCCAUGAAGAGUAACAACUCCAUGUUUCGUCUGCCCCCUGAUCUCUGUGAUGGACCAUCUUCAGGAUUCAGUUAUGUGUCCAUGAAGAGUAACAACUCCAUGUUUCAUCUGCCCCCUGAUCUCCGUGAUGGACCAUCACCAGUAUCCAGCUGUGUGUCCAUGAAGAGUAACAACUCCAUGUUUCAUCUGCCCCCUGAUCUCCAUGAUGGACCAUCUUCAGGGUUCAGUUGUGUGUCUAUGAAGAGUAACAACUCCAUGUGUCGUCUGCCCCCUAAUUUCAGUGAUGGACCAUCUUCAGGAUUCAGUUGUGUGUCCAUGAAGAAUAACAACUCCAUGCUUCAUCUGCCCCCUGAUCUCCGUGAUGGUCCUGCUGUGACCUCUGACCCUGUUAUCAACAGCAGGAAGAGAAAGAGAGCAGCUUUUCCAGUACCCAACUGUGUGUUCAUGAAGAGUAACAACUCCAUGCAUGAGACCCAAAAAUUCAGUGAUGGAGCAGUGACAUUUGACCCUGUAUUAACAGCCUGUAAUCUCACUGAUCAGCACUGUGAAAUUGUGGCUUCAGCUCUACAAUCAUCAAACUCCUCUCUGAGAGAGCUGGACCUGAGUAACAAUCGCCUGCAGGAUUCAAACCUGAAGCUGCUCUGUGCUGGACUGAAGAGUCCAAACUGUCAACUCAGCACACUGAGAUUAACAGCCUGUGAUCUCACAGAUCAGAACUGUGAAAUUGUGGCUUCGACGCUGAAAUCAACAAACUCCCUCCUGAGAGAGCUGGACCUGAGUAACAAUGACCUGCAGGAUUCGGGAGUAAAGCUGCUCUGUACUGGACUGAAGAGUUCAAACUGUCAACUCAACAUACUCAGAUUAUCACACUGUUUGGUGACAGAAGAAGGUUGUGCUGCUCUGGUAUCAGCUCUGAGUUCAAACCCUUCACAUCUGAGAGAGCUGGAUCUGAGCUACAAUCAUCCAGGAGAAUCAGGACCGAAGCUGCUUUCUGAAGCACUCAACCAUCUGGACAAACUCUAUGUGGAUCACGGAGGAGAGUUCAUGAUUACAUCAAGACUACACAAAUACGCCUGUGAUCUCACACUGGAUCCAAACACAGUGAACCCUGAACUCGUUCUGUCUGAGGAGAACAGGAAGGUGACGCGUGUGGGACAGUAUCAGUCGUAUCCUGAUCAUCCAGAGAGAUUUGAUGGGUGGAAUAAUCGUCAGGUUCUGUGUGGAGAGACUCUGACUGGACGCUGUUACUGGGAGGCUGAAUGGAGUGGAAAUAAUACUGAAAUAUCAGUGUCUUAUAAAGGAAUCAAGAGGAAAGGAGGGAGUGACUGUUGGUUUGGAUGUAAUGAGAAGUCCUGGAGUCUGUCCUGCUCUGAUCACAGAUUCACUGUCCGUCACAAUAAUAAGGAAACUGUCGUAUCUUCUUCUUCAGUCAGUAAGAGAGCAGGAGUGUUUGUGGACGUGUCGGCCGGCACUCUGUCCUUCUACAGCGUCUCUGACACACACACACUCACACACUUACACACAUUCACACACACAUUCACUGAUCAACCCCUCUGUGCUGGAUUUAGAGUUCCUUAUAACUCUUCAGUGUCUCUGUGUCACAUUAAACAACACUGACUGACACAAUAAUAUUUAUACUGUGUGUUAAUAUAAAUUUUAACUGAACUGCUUGAAUACUUUGUGUAACUGAAGCUGAAUUGAGUGAAAUUAAACCUGAAAACAUCAAUUUAACUCAAAUCUCUUUAAUUUAAUGUAAUUUUAACACUGAACUUGUUUCGGUUGUGAAGGAUGAGGAGGAUCAAGAAUCCAGUUUCAGCAGUUUAUUUACAAAAACAAUCAAAGAUGAUCCACACUGAAAUUCAGACCAGAAACAGGAACAAAAUCCAAAGACUGGGAGAAGGACAGGGUUCAAGUUCAGGUUUCCAUGGGAACAAACCAGAUCUAGUUAGAGUUACAGAAACACAGAAACUCUAAAUAAAUCAACAAGCAGCUCAACAUCAGUGUUUUCUGCUCAUCCUCCACAGAAACAGACUCGACUCUUCACUGGAGACACACAAAACUCAGACAACAAACAUUUUUUGAGUUUGAUGAAUCAGUUCAUAACUUUAAUCUUUUAUCAAUGUUGUAAACAUCUCUGUCUCAUCUUGUUUGAGUAAUAAAUGAAAGAGUUCAUCUUCUGUCAUCUAUUGUUCAUCUUCUCCUGUUGUUUUAGGCUUUGACUAAAACAACUGUUUUCAGACUCUGUUAAGAGUUUUUGUAUAAACUAAUAUAAAGUGUGUCAUAAAUGAACAAUUAUUAUUGAUCAGCUUCAUUCAUAUGAUGUGUUUCUGCUGGACUGUUCAACUCUCUCCAGACUGAUGAGCUCCUGAUCAAUGUUCCUCUUUAUCUGGUAUUUAGAGGAAAAUGCCUGAUUUUUUAUAAUUUGAGUCACUUUUCAAAAGUUGAUAAAAGUUGCCAAAUGGAUUGCAUGUUAUAAACAGCUAAAUUUGU